UACGACGUUGUAUGUAUUUCGGAAUCCUGGCUUCACUCAUCCAUAUGUGAUGGUGAAGUCAUUGAUUCAACAUAUAGUAUUUACCGUAAAGACCGUGUUUCUCUCAUUAACGAGCAGGUACGUGGUGGUGGUGGUGUCUUCAUCGCCUGUAAACGUAGUCUCCAUACAGAACAAAUUGCAAUAACAAACAACGAUUUAGAGCAAAUAUUCAUCCGGGAGCUUCUCGCGAUAUGAUCAUCGGCUGCAUCUACAUACCUCCUCAAUCAACUCUUGAGAUCUUCGAGUGCCACAUAGCUACCGUUUCAUUUAUAAUGGACAAAUACCAAAACUCCAACGUCAUGAUUGUCGGCGACUUCAAUAUUCCUAGCAGCUUGCCUCGUGUCGAAUGUGAAAAGCAACUUUAUGAUGGCUUUGCCUCAUUAAACUGCACUCAACAAAAUUACAUUCAAAAUGCCUGGAACUCAACACUUGACCUUUGUUUCAGUGACAUUGACUCUUCUCCGGAACACGCAGUUGCUCUUGUCCCGGAAGAUAAGUACCAUCCUGCUAUCGACAUCUUGCUAAAUUUUCGGCCGGGGUUGACGCCAGAUAAUUCCUCAUCAUACGUAUUUAACAAGGCUAACUACGCAGCCCUUAAUACCUCUCUCUUAAGAACGAACUGGAUUGACCUCUACAAACUCGAGACUAUUGACAUACACGUACACAAGCCAAGUAACUAUCCAUCUUGGUUCUCACAUGAUCUCAUUCACAAAGUCAAACAGAAGAAAUCUGCACACCUGAUACAUAAAAUUCGGAAAACUAAGCCAAAUUAUUUACGAUUCAGCAGGUUAAGAUUGGAAUGGAAAAAGUUAAGUAUCGAUUGCUACAAAAGUUAUGUCGACAAGGUAGAGGACAAACUGCAAUCGGGGAUCAAAGCAUUCUGGAAUUUUAUCAAGGACAAAAACGGUUGCACCGGUGACAUACCAUCUUCCGUAGCCUGGAAUGACCGCUCAGCAGAUACGGGACCAGGUACCAGUAACCUCUUUGCGUCCUUCUUCCACAGCAUCUACGCGCCAUCGAAUAGCAACGACCCAGGUAUUGCAACCUUCAAUCCUGGUACACAGCGCACACACUUGGAUGCCCUGACAGUGACCUACGAUGCAGUACUCAAAGAACUCCUUGCUCUCGACCCCAGCAAAGGUCCAGGCCCCGAUGGUUUACCUAACAUAUUCAUCAAAAACUGUGCGGUAGGCCUAUGUGAGCCUUUGACACAUAUAUUUGGCGAAUCUCUUCACCAUGGAAAAAUUACAUCAAAGGCGUUCAAAGCCCUUGGAUUUAUACUGAGGAGUGGUAAAGAUUUCAAAAAUCCUUGGACACUCAUUAGACUAUUCAAGUCACUUGUACUACCAAUUUUGGAAUAUGGUUCGGUAAUCUGGUCUCCCAACACUAACACGACAAUCAAUAAAGUUGAAAAGGGGCAGCGUAAAUUCUGUAAGUCACUGGCCUAUAAACUAUCGUCACCAAGUCACAUCUGCACUACUGAUAAGUCUACCAGUGCUACUGUAUAA